AUGAGGGCAAUGCAAAUAAUGCUACACACAAUGAGUCGUGCAGGCUAUGCUCGCCUUGAAGAUGAGAUGAGAAAGGCAAGUACAUUGCUUGAUAGCAUUACAAGAGGAAAUGUAUGGAUUCACAGGCAUACAAGGAAAUCUAGUGGAUUUUUAAAUGAAGAAGUUGCAAAUGCAGUGAAAAAAAUAGAAGAAGAAAACAAGAAUGCAACACAUGCUGAGAAAUACUCUAUUAACUAUGAUGCUCUUGUCAAAGCACUCGGCCCUGAGCGUCGAGGCAGAGUAAGAGGACUUAGGUCUGGAGCAAAACCUUCACAUGUGGGUACUCAGACAUAUACUCGUGAUAGAGUUAUUAAAUUGGAAAAAGAGGUCGAAGAGUUGAAAAAUAUUGUCAAUUCCUUACUAGCUGGAUCUAAGAGGAAGCAUGCUAAUUCGGUAGUUCCUUGUAUUAGUGCAAAUGCUCAAAGUUUUGGAAGCUUGGUAGCCAAUUCUGCGAACCAAGCUAGUUCUCCCAACAUUCAAGCGAAUUCUGCAAAUUGUAAAGCUAAAUUUGUCAACCUUCAAUCCAAAUCUAAAUCUGCCAACCAUAAAGCUAUUAAGAAUGAUGCUCUUGAAGCCUCUUCAGCCAACCAUAAAGCUAAAUCUGCCAACCUUCUAUCCAAAUCAGUUAACCUUGAGGCUGUUUCUACUCACCAUCGUGGAAGUGGAGAAGUUGUUGCACUUGCUGAAAUUUCAUCCACAAACCCUCAAGGUAAUGUGCACUUUGCGCCACUUGGACCGGAUUGUUGGAAAGUUUGGGUCCUUGAGGUGGCAGAUCAAGUGUGA